AUGCCGAAAAAGUUCUCCUUCCCCAACAUAAAGAUGUAUGAUGGCACCGGCGACCCUGACGACCACAUCGCUCAGUACAAACAAUGGAUGCUAGCUGUAGCACUCCCAAGGGAGUUCCACGAGGCCACCAUGUGCAAGGUAUUCGGCUCAACCCUGAUCGGACCCGCGUUGCAAUGGUACAUUAAUCUACCCAUCAGAUCCAUAUCUUCGUUCACAACUCUCAGCGAUGGGUUCGUGGAGCAGUUCGCAACAUCGGUCGAACCCCUUCGCGAUUACAUAGCUCGCUUCAAUCAGGAAAAGGUAUCGAUUCCUGAAUGCAACGUUACCACAACAAUCUCAGCCUACAAAAGAGGCAUGCUCCCAUACGAGGAUCUCUACAAGGAACUGACUAAGUAUCAGUGUAAAACUAUGGAAGACGUAUUAUCCCGAGCCUUGGCCCAUAUAAAAUGGGAGGAAGACGUCGCAAGCCGCGCUAGGACUCAGCAUAAACAAGCAACCAGGCAAGACCGGAGUGAUCGAGACGAGAGGUCCUCCCAGAAACCCACAAAAGACCAAGUGGGCAGGAACUGGGGCAGGUACAUGAGCCGUCCACUCGAGAGAGCGGAAGGGAUGUCGGUGUCUACCUGGCCAGAUAUCUCACACUUUUAUGUAUCCCAACCAGAGCUAAUCAACGCCCUAAGGCAGAUGGGUCAACUGGUUAAAUGGCCCCCAAAGAUGAGGACGGAGGAUUGCAUCGCACUGAAGAUUGAAGUCAACGAACUACUCCAGAAGAGAUACCUUCGGGAGUUCCUAUCAGAAAAGGCGAAGAACCUCCUAAGCAAGGAGACACCCAUGAAAUCUGCUGAAACCAAGCCCGCGUCACCACCUCGACAGGACCGAGUGAUCCAUGUCAUCUCCGGAGGUUCGAAGAUAAGCGGCAAAAGCCAUGCAGCCGCAAAGAAGAGCACGCGAAACGCCAAACUUGGCCUGGAGACGUCCAAAUCAAAACGGCUACUCUUGGGAUCAGACGAAAUAGGCUUAAUGGCAAAGGAACAAGAGAAGGUCCUAGCUCCCCAUCAUGACGCUCUGGUGGUAUCGCUUACCGUAGCAAAAUGCUUGGUAAGGAGGAUCCUAGUAGAUAACGGAAGCUCCAGUAACAUCAUCUUCCAGACCGCCUAUCAGGACCUGGGAUUGGAUGAAAGUGUCUUAACUAGGAGGAUAACCCCACUCGUGGGAUUCAGCGGAUAG